GCUCAUAGUGGGCGAGCAUAACUCCAGAAUCCUUGAAACAACUUCCACUAUCACUGUAACGAACUAUGAGCACAUCACAACAACAAACGAAAGACAAGAAACGCAAGGAGCCUUGCGACGAGGCCACGGUCGCCGCAUUGCUUGAACUUGGAAAUAGUCGCAACUGCGCGGAAGAUAGUCAGGAGCAGCUGCAGGAUUCAGAUGACAAUGAGAGACAUACUGCAAUUUCAGGCGAGGAACGGAGUUUGGAAAAGACUGGUUCGGACCACACAUCGUCCAGUAAGCGCCAAAGCGUCACGCAAAAGGAACGCUGGAACUCCAUGUUCAAUGCUCUUCUGAAAUAUCAGGAAGAGUACGGAAGUACACUGGUUCCUUUCAACUACGACAUUUCCGGAACAAAACUCGGACGUUGGGUGAACAAACAACGAAGCCAGUACAAUAACCUUUGUCGAGGACGCUCGAGCCAAAUGACUGAAGAGCGUGUAGAACGCCUAGAAAGCAUGGGCUUUGAAUGGUCUGCGAACCCAUUGCCGGCCCUCGAACAGUGGGACACCAAGUGGGAAUUGUUGCGGGAUUUUCAUCGCCGAUUUGGACACACACGUGUGCCUCACAAAUAUGAAGUCGACGGAGUCAAGCUUGGACAGUGGGUUUCCUACCAACGCAACCAGAAGUCGCGUAAGGAGCGAGAUCUACCCUGUGAAAUCACCAUGGACCGCAUUGAAAAGUUUGAUUCACUAGGAUUUGAAUGGAAGGUUCUGGACACGCCUACACCUUCAUCCUCUCGCUCUUCCUUGGCUGCAGGUGACCAUACCACGACUCGUCGUCCAACCGCCGACAAGACCACUUCUUUGAGUAGCAAGCGACCCAGCUGGGAAGAACACUACAAGCUUUUGGCGCGCUUCCGGAAAGUUCACGGGAGUACGCGUGUGCCUUUGAAUUUUGAUAUUGAUGGCGUUGCUCUUGGUGAAUGGGUGUGUGCUCAGCGUCAUCAACUUGCCCGCAUGAAGAAAGGCCUUCCGAACGAAAUAAAGGGUGUCCAGAUCGACAAGCUAAAUGAUCUCGGCUUUGAAUGGAGCUGCCCUUAUAACAAGCGCUUCAAGAUAGCUGGCCACCCGAUGCCUGAUGAAUCCACCGAUUCCAAAGUUUUGUCGGAUUAUCGACGGCCCGGACCAUUAGGUCCACUAUUUCCACCAGUUAACCCUAUGGCUGCGUUGCGGGGGAUACCACCACCACCUGCCGCAAUAGAUCCCUUAAUAAUCGCCGAGUUGGACCAGCGUCGCUUGAUGUUGGAGCGCGCACGAAUGAUGGAAGCUGCAGCCCUUGGCAUAGGACCAGCAGAAUUUGGAGAGUGGUCAGCCGUUGCCGCCAUGGCCCGUGACCGCUCGGUGCGAGACAUGAUUGUAUUGGACCGCAUGGCAAUGAGAGAGCAGCAAAUGCGAAUGGAAUCAAACGCCAGCACAGGUUCACUGCAUGAUUCAAUGCUGGAUGGAGCCAUGAUGUACCAGGCCGGACUGUAUCGAUAAAUGGUGAUGAAACUGUGCCCUCACGUGUAUAUAUGAAGGGUAUGAAUGCUCCACAAUUUACGAUAUAUGUGUUUGCUAUCAGCGGAGUAGUAGCUGUAAUUUUUUUGUUCUGGCAUCGAGAAUUACGGAAAAGUCUCAAGGCUUAGGUCUAUGAGCAUAGUUGACGGAAG